AUGAGAGGCAGUGAUUUAAACAAAGCUAUCCAUAAAUCAAAUUAUUUUAUUAAAAAGAGUCUUUUGUUAAGUACAAUCUUAUUUAAUACACUUAUAAUUAUUUUAUUAUACUUUAAUAACAGAUUUGAUAAGUUCAAAUUUUUUAUAUCAAGUUGUCCAGAGAUAUUUACAAUACUUUGUAUUUUUAAAAUAAGCGCGCCUGUUAUACGAAAAAAUGGAAAUAUUGAAGAACUUGUUGAUCCUGGCACGGCAUUAUCCGGGAAAGGUAUUGCAUCUGUUUUAUUUGACAGUCUUGUAAUUUGUAUGUUAGUAAAAAUGUUUAUUUUUUACAGUUAUUAUUGGUGCAUUUUAUACGUUUUUAUUGCUUUAUCUGCUUUUUAUGAGAUGGUCUAUAAAACUGUAAAAAAACUUAAGACUCAAUAA